AUGACACCAAAGAGAGCUACAUGUUUUUCACCUUAUGUAAUAAUUUAUGGUAAAGAAGCCAAAUUGCCAAUAUUAACAGAGUUUUUGACUCUCAGUUAUAUAAAAGAACUUAAAAUGCUAGAGGAGCAGCCAAUGGAAACCAGGCUUGCUCAAUUGAUGGAGUUGGAAGAAACUAGAAAGGAAGCUUUCAGAAAGCUUGAAAUUCAUCAUUCUCAGAUGAAGAAGACAUUUGAUAAAAAGGAAGUAUCACGGACCUUCAAUGAAGGUGAUUUAGUUUUCAAAUGGGAUAAACUUAAAAGAAGACCUAGUAGGCAUACAGAUUUUGAUGCCAUGUGGGAUGGACCAUAUAUUAUCACUGAGAAGAAAAAACAUAAUGCAUUUCAGCUUUCAAAGCCAGAUGGAUAA